AUGUAUUACCUUGAAGACAAUACUGAUGAUGAGCAAGAAGAUCUGCCUUACGAUGGAGAUCUACAAAAUGCAAAUCAACACAAGUGUGAUUCACAAAACCUGGAAAAUUUAACUUCCAUAGAAAAUCGCUCUCAAGGUGUUUUCACCUUGACGUCUUCUCACAAAAGCAAUCAUUCAAAAGAAAAAUCAGACUGCAGAACACAAGUUCCUGAAACAAAAAUAAAUCUGGCAUCAUUGCCAAGGGAAAAUGACAUGGAACGUACCAUGACAACAGAGAAGGAAUUACUAGCUUGGGAUGUUAGCAGUUCAGGAAGAAAUCAACAUUUCUCCAACUCAAAAAUUUCAGAUGUCCUUUUACGUCAUCUUCCCAAAGAAGAAUUAUUAAGUUCAUGCCAAUUAAUUGAUUCUGAGACUAUCCCAGAGAUAUCAUUUACUGAAAGUUUUGAUGAAACUAUCCUAAAUAAAAUUAAGAUUUCAGAAAGUACAAGAAUCUCUUCACCAAAGGAAGAAGGAAAAAAUGGUCUUGAAUUCUGUAAUUCGGAAAGAGAAGUAAAAUGUGAAUCAGUUGACAAAAACUGGGAUUUGACUGAAGAUAAGCAGUUUGUAAUUGGUAAAAGUGCUAAUCCUAGUUGUGACCAAAAAGACUGUAAAGAUAUUCCACACCUUGUAACUCAGGAACAACAUGCAAUUAUUGAAGACUUAAGUUAUUUCUCAAGCCCCCCAAAAGUCUACCAAGAGCAAAAAUGUUUUCUGGGAACAACUUCUCAUAAUCUCAAAAACAGACAACGUCAGGUUCAUUAUCGGGUUCCUGAUUUCUCUAAGGUUCCUCCAAAGGUCAAAAUACCUAAAGGAAACAAUAACAACUCAAGCCCUGUAGUUAAAAUAAUCACAUCUCCCCCAAAUUUGCUUGGUAAAUCAGCAGUUGUGAAAGAUAUUUUAGAAGCAAUGAAUUCUUGGGAAUCUGUUGCAGCCAGGAACCAAGAACAGGAAAUUAGAAUACCUGAACUUGACCAACAGCUAGAGCUGCUGACAAAACAAGCUGAGGCUCAGAAUCAUAUUGAUCAUCUAAGAUUUAAUGCUAAGAUACUUCCGUGCUCAAAUCAUAAUAGACCAAAUCCUGGCAUUAAAUCACAAAGUUCUGGAAUAACUUCCAAAAUGUCUUCAGUUCCACCUAUAACUAUCCCUGUGAAUCCCGUGGGUGGUUUCUCCCAGUCACAUUUUUCAGAACUGCAGUCUCAAAGAAUGAACUCACCAUUACCCUCAGCUGAUGCAACAAGACAAUCAUCUGUGAAUCCUCCACUGUUGCAGAAAGUAACAGGAGAAGAAAAGCUUUUUAAGCUGUUAAAGGAGCAGUCAGAGGAGCUAAAAACAAAAGUGGAAACAUUUUCUAAAGGUCUGAUACAGGGUGCUUUCCCAGUAGAAGAAUGUCAUCAGCUUUUGAGGCUUUUAAUGGACCAACUGGACCAACUGGAACGGAAUUACUUAGCCAUGAAGGAGAAGCACAAAAAUGACAAGUACUCAUCAAUAAGUGUUGGAGAGUUCGAUCCUGACAGAAAAGUGGAGGGGGAAAUAUUUACGCUUGGGAUGCUACUUGAGGAUAUCAAAGAGAAAAUUGAUAAGACCUGCACCCCAUAUUCUUCAGCUUUUGUAAAAUCACCUUCAUUCACACCAUGUGAAUCUAUUUCUUUCUAUUCAAGUUUUUCUGAGAGUCCAAUGAUUUCAAGCAUUAGUGAGGCUUCACAAAAGAUUGCUUGCGGAAUGAAUAUUGUUGAGAAUAAAAAGUAUGGAGAGAACAGAAGUCAUCCUACGGAGGUGAUUUCACAGAGGAUGUAUCAACAACCUAGCCAAGGUAGAAGAUGCCAUCCCUUCCAUCAGGACCAGAUAGAGCUGCAAACUAAAACAUCCCAUGAUAAAAUAGCAGAUUCUCUGGAAAGAUCAGGUCUGCUAGCAAGCCAGCAAUCUACUCAUCACUGCUUCUUUUCACCUAUUAAAAAGGCUGGAGAGCUGCAAUUCCACAGACCACUUACAGCAGAUCAGAAUUACAGUGAUCAAGAAAACAUAGAUGGCUAUUGGGAAAUGAGAUCUCCACCUCCAAGAAAUCCAUACAAUACAAGCAAUCAAGAAUCCAACAUGACUGUAUUGAAAGAACAAGAAAGCUUAGCUUGUUCUUCAGAUUUUCUUGAGGAGUUGGGAAAUUCUGAAAAGGAUCAUAAUAUUAUACAUCCUAGAUUGAAAAUACAGUUAUCAUGUAAACAAGUUUGUUCCUGCUCUUCCAGUAGAAAUAAAAAAAUGGAGCACAGAAAAACAACCAGAGGAAAGUCAGACUGUGAAAGAUACUCUAUCUUCUUAGAAGGAAAAGCAGUGGAUUUAGAUUUAUCAGACAGUUCAAGCAGUGGAGUAUGUCUGGAAAAGAGUAUUAAAAGUCAUGGAUCGCGGACAAUGGAUCUACAAGAACAAAAUAAAGCAUCUUCACAAAAUAAAGGCACCAACCUUCAAUGGAUUUAUACAAAGAAACAACCAGAAGAGUUUAUAGACAGGCUCUGUGACAGACAAAAUCUAUAUAUUCCCCAAACUCGCUACUCAAGGAUGAAUGAUACUAUUAUCCUUUCACCACAAUACCUCACUAGAAGGAAUAUUCAUGGAAGGUUAAUGAGCAAUCUGAGAAACAAGCACAUUGAAGACACAAAUACAAAGAUACUAAGCUCCACUUUGGAUGAUGUUAUACAGACUGCAAAUAACUUGAGGAAAACUACAGAACACAUGAUGCAAGUUGUUUCAGAAGAUCUAGCCAAGGCCAAAAUUCAGACACUUUCCAGUGUGGGAGCUUGCCAGUACUAAAUCUGAAUGUGUGUUGUGAAAACUGACAAAACUAUAUUUGAAAGAGAGACCAGUUGAAUGUGCAAAGAAGUAAAACACACAUUUUUUCUUAUCCUUCUUCCAUCAUAAAAAAUUAACAUU